AUGGAUGGGCCAAUGCGGGUUCAUACUUGUUUGAUGAAUUUGAAAAGAAGUAUUUUCGAUGAGGACGAGGAGAACUUAGAACUAGCCGUGCUCAAAAUGGAGAAAAUCCCGAAAGAGUUUUUGGAAGUUAGGGAGCUCGAUAUCCUCGCUGGAACAAUCCUGAAAAUGAGCAUACAGCGAAGCUUCCAAUGGACAAUGCUCAACCAGUAUUAUCUUAAUCUGCGCAAGAAGUGGUACCGCCUGCUCCCAACUAACAAGCUCCUGAAAAUCAUCAAUUAUAUCCAGCACAAACCGCAAUCGAUCGAUAACUUCAAAAGUGUCCUCAGGACUGAUAGAGUGUACGGAUUUUUUACGGAAGAGAUGCGUGAUGCAAACGGCGCGAGGGCAGGGUUUACCUUGUGCAAUAUAGAGAAUAAGAAGUCAAUCGUUAUGGCUAAAAAGAACUCGGGCGGUGGACCCAAAGUCGGUCCUUACUCGGUUGAUUGUCGCCAAACAGCCGAGUUGAUGGUCGAUUCGCUUCAAAAUAACAGCGGAAAGAAACUAGCCAUCAUGGACGAGAUAGGCAAAAUGGAGAUGGUUAGUCUGCGCGAUAAAGCCAACUUCUUGCUGGAGAAGGAGUUCUUCAAGUGCUUUGACAAGGCGGAGCAUAUAAUUGGGACCAUUCCAGUGGCAGCGACCAAAGAUAAAUUCUUGGAUGAAAUCAGGAAGAGCAGCCUCGUGAUUACGGUGGAUAAAUCGAACCGCGAUUCCGUUCCUGACCAAAUUAUGACUCUACUGAACUCUGAGAACUGCUAA